GAAAACGGCGAGAACGCUGAUGUCGCAAGAAGACGGGACCAAAGUGCCGUCCCUUGAUUUGGUGGAGGCGCGGGUGCACCUGGCGGCGGCGCAGUACCACAACAGCUUGGCCAACGGCAAGUUGGUGCCAAGGCCUCCCAGUGCGCCGCGCUCCCGACCGGCCAGCGCCGGAGCGCGGCCUGGAGCCGGAGUCGUGGACAGCCCAAAUGCUCGGCCAUGGUCCGCCCAGUCGGUGCACAGCUGCCCUCCCAACAGCGGCAGCGCGCUGCGCCGUGCAGAGCUAUUGGAGGCGCAGCGCAUGGACAGCGCCACGGAUGCAUUGGCAGGCGGCUGUGUGACGCUUGGGAUGGCGCUGGGGCGCUUGGGGAUGGUCGGGGAGGUCAAUGGCAACAUCGGCAACAUUGCUAGAAACACGUGGCGACUCUGCUGGACCUUUGUGGCUCGAGUCGCUGUUCAGAUCGAAAUCGAUGAUGCCCAGGAGGGCGGACAUGGUCCGAUGGAUCCGGAGAAGCAGCUGUCCAAAGUUCAGGAGCUUCUGGUGACUACCGGAGACUUUGAGCAGGGCAGACGACUGGCGGAGCAAGUGCUCAGCGAUGCUCGAGGCAAGGAUGAUGCGAAGGUCGUAGUGGAUGCGCUGCGCAGCAUCGUGCUCUGUGAACGCUGUCGUGGAUCCAGCCCCAGGUACAAGGAGAGCAUCCGGCGGAAGCUGAUCUUCAGCGAGGCGGAGAAGCUCUGCCGUGCGGAGCUGCCACUUCUGCGGGAGAGGAACGACCUGCGGGGCGAGGCGCUCCUGGUGCUGUCGGCCGUCGAGAUGCUGCUGGAAAGCCGCAGGCUGCCUGAGACACGUCGCGGCAACAAGAAACGCCAGGAGGCGCGCUUGUCCUUGGAGAAGGCCAUUGGAACCUUUCAGGAUCUCAAGGAGAUCGCCUGGGAGGCUGAAGCCAAUCUGCUCCUUUCCAGCACUUGUCUCGCCCAGAACGACCCUCGGAAGGCCCUCCGUUUCGCCCAGCAGAGCGCUGAGCUCUACGAGCAGAUCGCCUCGCCGGAGCGAGCGCGGGCCUUGAACGCCUGUGCAGUGGCUAUCAGCUGUGGGCCCAGUUCCAAGGAAUGCUUCGAGCAGGGCCUGCGCUUUCACCAGCAGGCCGUACAGCACUAUCGCCACCUUGGAUGGCACCAAGCUUUGGCCAUCCAAAGUCUGGCCAUGUCAAAGUGGAGCUUGCAGAUGGAUCGCGGUAGAGAUGCCAUGCAAUCCGCCAGGGAGAGCCUGCAACUCCUGACCGAGAUCGGAAGCUCCGACUGGCGACAGGAGGCACUACACCACCUGUGUCGAGUGCGCUUGAGCUUGGCCGAUGUGAAGGGAGCCCGAAAGGCGGCGCAGGACGCCCAGACUUCAGCCAGAGAGGAGCCAGCACUGCAGCUACUGGCCAUCGAUACUAAGGUGGUUUUGAACAUGGAGUUGGACAGCAUGUACGAAAGCGGCAACUUGGAGGAGGCUGUUGAGGCGGCCAAGCAGGGCUUGACACUCUGCAAGGAGAUGCAGGACAAGCGCUGGGAAGCUGCGAUGUCUCACAGUCUGGCGCAAGCCAGCAUCAGGUUGCGGCGUGUCGAUGAAGCUCUCGAGGCGGUCACCAAUAGCUCCACGAGCCUGGAUGACCUGGGAGAGCAGUCGCAGCGCUGCGAGGUGCUUCAGACCGCAGUGGAAAUCCUGAUGGUGAAGGGGGACGUGCGUGCCGCCUUAGAGGUUGCCCAAGAGAUUCGGCGACUGACCAAAGAUCUAGGGAAGCCCUCCAAAGAGGGCAAUGCGAUCCUGACGGAAGCCCAGAUUCACCAUGCCACAGGAAACACCAGCCAAGCUUUGAAGCUCGUGCGCGAAGCACAGGUGACUUUCCGACAGGUGGAUGAUAAGAAGGGCGAGGGGAUGAGUUGGAGCAUCAUCUCGGAGAUCCAGAAGAGCACAGGGGAACAGGAGGAUGCCUUGCGGGCCAGCCGCAGCACCCGGGCCUUGUACCAACAAGCUGGAGACAAGCGCUCGCAGGCGAAGACGAGCACGGCUCUAUUUGUGGCCACCUCCAGCGAUGAAGAGGCCGUGAGGGAGGCGCACGAGGCGCUGGCGCUGGCGCGCGCGGCCGGGGACUCCAAGGCGGAGGUUGAAAUGCUGAACUUGGUGGCUCAAGCCACUCUGAACUCCAUCAUCAAGCGUUCUCAGGAGAUGUGCGAUGAAGAUGCCAUCAACCACAUCUCCUUGCAUGAGGACCAGGCGGUCCGCCCAGCGCGCGAAGCCGCCGCGCUGGCGCGGAAGAUGGGAGACAAACAGAUGACAGGCAUAGCCACGUAUUCGGUGGCGCAGUGCCAUGCGGUUGCUGGCCGCACUGCUGCGGCCGUGCAGGCCGCGACAGAGGCUCGAAACCUCUUCAGUCAGACCUGGGAUAGGCAAGGCGAAGCGAUGGCCAUUUUGAUGUUGGGAGAAAGCCUUGUCCUGGACGGCGAUGUGGAAAAGGGGAAACAAACGGCCAAGGAGGCACAGGAUCUGUUCGCCUCCAUUGAUGACCAUGAAGGCAUUGAUAAGGCUGAAAAGACGCUCCAGCAGAUCCAGGAGAUUCUGGGAGCGCCAGUGACGCCUGCUGCCCCAAGACAGGCGCCUACGAAGGAGGCCGAGAGCGUGGCAAUGGUGCAGAAGCCGGCCCUGAGCCGUGCCAAGGCGGUGGAGAUGGUGCUGAACGUGGCCAAGGAGGCCAUUGGUGAGGAUGAGAAUGUCACCUUGGACGACCCCCUAAUGGACAUCGGCCUUGAUAGUUUGGCCGCAGUCUCCUUCGCCAACACCUUGUCGCGUGAGUCCGGUAUCAAACUGCCUCAGUCCACGCUGGUCUUUGAUUUUCCCAACUUGAACCUCAUCGCCGAUUUCUUGGUUGAGCAAACUAGUUAAGGUGGAAAAAUCUGCAGCUGAGCGCUGCUCUUCCCGGACCCGGCGAACUCCUCGCGACUUGCGGGGAAGAUCCCCGUGGCUUCCGAGAAAAUCUGCUGGAUCAAGUCACAUGGACCGGUGCAACAGACAUGGACAAAUUGGUGCCCC